GUAUUAUCUACUGGUUGACAGCCAGUCUUCGUAGUCAGACGACGCGUACAACAUCUUGGGAAAGGAGAGCCACCCGUACCAGGGACUAGCCUCACAAGAUGGACUACCUGCCGAUUGUUCUAGCCUUGUUCGCGGUGUUCCUCGCCGUCUAUUACUACAACAAAAGGGCGCACAGCGUGUUCAAGGAUGUUCUACACGUUCCGCCGACGCCGAUCGUAGGAAAUUUCGGAUCGUUGAUCACCAAACGAGCCACGUUGCAAGAAGUCCUACAAAAAUCCUACGAUCUUCAUCCGGACGCGAAAUAUGUCGGUUUCUACGAGUUCCUCUCGUCUAACAUACUUGUACGCGAUCCGGAAUUGUUCAAAUCGAUCGCGGUGAAGAACUUCGACAAUUUCUCGGAUCAUCGUAAAUUCACGGACAAACGAACCGAUCCUUUGUUCGCCGGCAUGCUGUUCCAAUUGGCCGGCAACGAGUGGAAGGAGCAGAGAAACAUGCUGUCGCCGACGUUCACUUCUAGCAAGAUCAAGAACAUGUUCAAGCUGAUGUCCGACUGCGCGAUGAGGUUCUCGACGAAACUGUCGAAUUUGCAGGAGAAGGAGCGCGAGGUCGAGGUGAGAAACUUGUUCGCCAGGUACACGAACGAUGUGAUCGCUAAAUGCGUUUACGGCGUGUCCGUGGACACCAUGGAGGAGCCUAAGAACAUAUUCUACGUGUACGGACGCGCGGCGACGUUGUUGACCGGUUUACUGAACACCAUCAAGUUCAUGUUGUACAGAAACCUGCCGGAGCUCGCUGUAGCACUUCGAUUGAACUUCGUAAAGAAACGUCACGCGGACUUCUUCAGCGACGUUGUGCGGAAAACGAUCGAGAGCAGAGAGUCGAGCGGUGUUAAGGGAACGGACAUGUUGCAGCUGAUGAUGGACAUCAGGGACAGGAAGGAUUCGAGCAAGCGUAUGUCGAUCAAGGAUAUAAUCUGUCACGCGUUCACGUUCUUCUUCGGUGGUUUCGACACCGUCUCCUCACAGUCCGCGUUCAUCGCGCACAUGCUGGCGGAGAAUCCCGAGGCGCAGACGAGGCUGCAGGAGGAGAUCGACGAGGCAUUGGAGAGGACCAACGGACAAUUAACCUACGAGACGAUAAACGAGAUGAAGUACCUGGACGCUGUGGUGAACGAGACGCUUAGGUUGUACCCGAUCGUCGUGUUCCUCGACAGAGUAUGCACCAGAGCGUUCGAGCUACCGCCUGCGUUGCCCGGUGGUAAACCGUUCGUCGUGCAACCGGGAACGAACAUUUGGCUUCCUGUCUAUUCUAUCCACAGGGAUCCGAAAUACUACGAGAACCCGGAUAAAUUUGAUCCGGAGAGAUUCCUCGUCGACGGAAAGAAGAUCCUGAAUUCUGGGGUGUACAUGCCUUUCGGCAGCGGGCCGAGAAUGUGUAUCGGUAAUCGAUUCGCUUUGACUGAGAUGAAAGUGCUGAUAUACCAUCUUUUGUCGAAAUGCGACAUAAAAGCGGGGCAAAAGACGACACUUCCGAUGCAACUGGAGAAAGGUGUGUUGAACGUCACGGCGAAGAACAACGAGUUCUGGCUGAAGAUGGAGCCUAGAAAAAAUCCUCAUCCCUCCGUCCUUGCUAACGGAGUUAGCAACGGAGUGGCCAAUGGAAUAGCCAACGGUGUUUGUAAACAGUAAAUUUAAAAUAAGACGUUUCUUGACUUUUCCUUUA